AUGUCUUCAACACACUACGCCGCAGUCCUCCCAAGGAAAGGCGGUCCUCUUUCCGUCGAGCAACGCCCAACACCCGAGCCAGGCCCAAAUGAAAUCCUUAUCCAAGUCAAAGCCGUCGCCCUCAACCCCUGCGACUAUUCCCAACGCGACUUCGGCCUGCCUCCUGUCCCCAUCUAUCCCGCCGUUCUCGGCGCUGACACUGCGGGCCUCGUCGCAAAGGCCGGCUCCCAUGUGACCGCGGCCCCUCCACCAGGAACACGAGUCCUCGCGUUCGCCUCGUCCUUUUAUCAGAAUGGCUCACCUGACCAUGGGGCCUUUCAGCAGUAUGCCCUGGCGCAGGCUGAAUGUGUCAUUCUGCUUCUGGAUGAUCUGUCGUUUGAGGAGGGCGCGGUCUUUCCGAUGGCUGUUUUGACGGCCCUAACUGCGUGGACGACGAUUGGUAUCCCGCUUGAUACCAAGUAUGCUACAGAAGACAAGCAAGCAGUGCUUAUCUGGGGUGGAGCGAGUAGUGUUGGCACAUUUGCUGUUCAGUCGGCCAAGUCGCUGGGCUUCACUGUGUACGCUACCGCGUCUCCGAAGCAUCAUGAGUACAUGAAGGAACUCGGGGCGCACGCGGUGUUCGAUUACAAAGCUAGUGCUGUCGUCGGGCAAAUCGUGCACGCUGUAAAAGAAGACGGCGUCAAGCUCCACACCGCACACUGCGUUGUCGCCGGGGGUCUGCAGCCAACGCUCGACGUUCUCAGAGAAACAAAAGGCGAAGAAGCCGCUAGGGUCGCCCACUCGCCAGUGCUCCCCCCCGAUCAUCCAGCGCUGGAGAAUACGCAAAUUACGUUCAAUUUCCCACCAUUGGAACAAGCGAGCAGGGACAAGCAUAUGUACCAGUGCUUCCAUGGGUGGUUGGCGAAUGGUCUGAAGUCCGGUUCGGUCGUUCCUAGUCCGCCUGUUCAGGUUGAGGGUGGCGGUUUAGAAGGGCUCAAUGCUGCACUGGAUAUGUUAAAGGCUGGUGUGAGCGGGACCAAGAUUGUUCUGUCAAUCUAA